AUGGGCAACGUCGUCUCCGCCAUCUCCGGCGGCAGCCAGGGCCAGAUCGAGUCUCGUAAGGCAGAGCUCGAGGACAAGCUCGCCGACCGCGAAUCCACCAUCACAGCGCUCGAGAAGGACCUCUCCAAGAAGGAGAAGGAGUACACAACCCUCUCCAGCGAGGCCGAGGACCUGCGUCUCAAGAUCAAGGAGCUCUCUGACAAGUCGACCUCGACCGAGCAGGAGACCCAGACGCGCAUCGCGAAGCUGCAGUCGGAGCUCGAGGCCACCAACGCCAAGGCCGCCGAGGGCUCCGCCGCCCACGCUUCCGAGCUCGAGGCCGCCACCAAGCAGCUGACCCGCCUCCAGGAGGAGCUCGACAAGCUGCACCUCGACAAGAAGACGCUCGCCGACGACGUCGCCAGCCUCAACAAGCAGCUCGCCUCGGCCAAGGCGGACCGCGACACCCUCGAGGCCUCGCUCCGGGACGAGAUCGCCUCGCUCCAGACCCGUCUCGCCGACGCCGAGACGAGCCAGGGCGCCCUGAAGGACGCCCUCAGCAAGCUCGAGGCCGAGGGCGCCACCUCGUCCAAGACGCUCGGCGAGAGGGACGAGGCCUACAAGGCCCUGCAGCAGGUGCUCGACAAGCUCAAGACCGACACGGACGCCCAGCUCGCCACCUCCAAGCAGGACCUGUCGGCGGCCGAGGACAAGUUCACCACCCUGCAGAAGACCCACGACACCCACAAGACCGAGUCGGAGACGCAGCUGUCGGCUGCCAAGAAGGACCUCGUCGAUGCCAACGACAAGCUGAGCGCCCUGCAAAAGGGCCACGAGACGCUCAAGUCUACCUCCGAGGCUGACCUCGCCGCCGCCAAGAAGGAGGUUGCCGAGAUCCAGGCCAAGCUCAAUGCUCUGCAGGAGUCCCAGGGCAAGGCCUCUGCCGAUUCCGAGGCCGAGGUCGCCGCCACCAAGAAGGAGCUCGCCGAAACUAAGGAGAAGCUCGCUGCCCUCGAGGCAUCACAGACCAAGGCCACGGCCGACUCAGAGGCCGUUGUGGCGGCCACCAAGAAGGAGCUGGCCGAGACGCAAGAGAAGCUCGCCGCCCUGCAGGAGGCUCAGACCAAGGACAAGGCUGCUUCCGCCGAGGAACUCGCCGUUACCAAGAAGGACCUUGCCGACACCCAGCAGAAGCUGGCUGCUCUCCAGGAGUCCCAGGGCAAGGCCUCUGCCGACUCCGAGGCUGCCGUUGCUGCCACCAAGAAGGAGCUUGCCGAGACGCAAGAGAAGCUUGCUGCUCUCGAGGCCUCGCAGUCCAAGGAGAAGUCUGCCUCUGAGGAGCAGCUUGCCGCCACCAAGAAGGAGCUCGUUGACACCCAGAAGAAGCUCACCGACUUGCAAGAGUCUCAGACUAAGGAGAAGUCGGCUGCCGAGGAGGAGCUCGCGUCCGCGAAGAAGGAGCUCGCCGCCACACAGGAGAAGCUCGCCACUCUUGAGGCCUCCCAGUCCAAGGAUAAGGCCUCUGCCGACAGCGAACUCGCUGCCGCCAAGAAGAGCCUGGCCGAGUCUGACGAGAAGUACAAGACCCUGCAGGCCGCACACGACAAGGCUCAGGCCGACUCGGCUGGUGAGUCUACCCAGGCCAAGAAGGACCUGGCCGACCUCCAGGCCAAGUUUGCCGAGCUCGAGAAGACCAACGAGGCUCUGAAGAAGGAUUCCACUUCCGAGCUCGAAGCCGCCAAGAAGGACGCCGCCACCUGGCAGGAGAAGGCCGAGAAGUCCGAGGCUUCCCAGAACACCCUCACCAAGGAUCUGGAGGCUGCCAAGAAGGAUCUCGCCUCUACCCAGGAUCAGAGCAAGGCCGCCGAGGCCAAGCACGAGUCGGAGCUGCAGAAGGCGCGCGACGAGGCCACCAAGGUCGGUGCCAGCGUCGAGGGCGAGACCAAGAAGCUCAAGGAGGCCCACGAGGCUGAGCUGAAGAAGGUUCGCGACGAGGCCGAGAAGGCCGCCAAGGCCAGCUCAGACAAGGCUACUGCCGACGCCGAGGCUGCGAAGAAGCAGCUGGCGGAAGAGCAGGAGAAGGCCGCCAAGGCUGCCGCUGAGCUCGAGAGCAAGCUUAAGGCUGCCACCACGGAGCAGGAGAAGGCCGCUAAGGUCGCUGCUGAGCUCGAGGCCAAGCUGAAGGCGUCUGAUGAAGAAAAGGAGAAGGCCGCCAAGGCUAUUUCCGAGCUUGAGACCAAGCUGAAGUCUGCGACCGAGGACCAGGCGAAGGCCACCGCUGAGCUUGAGACCAAGGUCCAGGCCCUGCAGAAGGAGCAGGAGGCUGCUGGCGUCAAGGCUAAGGACCUGCAAGAGGAGCACGCCUCCCUGCUGAAGCUUCGCAAGGACGAUGAGAGCAAGCUGUCUGCUCUCAAGGAGCAGGCCGAGGCUGCCGAGGGUAAGGCGACGAAGGCUGCUGGCCAGGUCGAGUCUCUCCAGAAGGAGAAGAAGGACCUAGAGACCAAGGCCUCCGAGGCUGCCGCCGAGACGGAGAAGGCCAAGAAGGCUGAAUCUGAUCUCAAGGCUCAGCUCGACGUCGCCAAGUCCUCCCUGACUGCUGCCCAAGACGACAAGAAGACUCUCGAGUCCAAGGCUGCCGACCUCUCCUCCGAAGCCGACAAGGCUAAGAAGGCCGAGGCCGAGCUGAAGGAAUCUCAGUCCAAGCUCCAGUCCCAGCUCGACGAGGCCAAGGCCAGCCUGACCGCCGCCGAAUCCGAGAAGAAAGACCUCGAGUCCAAGACGGCCGACCUUACCGCCUCUGCCGAGAAGGCCAAGAAGGCCGAGGCCGACCUCAAGACCCAGCUUGACGAGUCCAAGGCCGCCCUCGCCGCCGCGGAGAAGGAGACCAAGGCCGCCCUCGACAAGUUCGUCGCCGGCGAGAAGAAGCUCGAGGAGGCCCUCGCCAGCGCCAAGGCCGCCGCCGCCGAGGCCAGCGACAAGAAGACCAACGGCGACGCCAAGUCGUCCGUGUCUGUCGAGGAGAAGCCCGUCGAGGAGGGCGAAGCCGCCGCCACGGCCUGA